AUGAAUGCAGACGUCGUUACCCGCUUCGAUUUCUAUAUUGGGCUGUCACUAGCUGUAAGUUCCAGUAUUUUCAUUGGUGGAAGCUUCAUUCUGAAGAAAAAAGGCCUGUUACGAUUGGCUACCAAAGGCUCUAUGAGGGCGGGUCAAGGGGGAUAUGCAUACCUAAAGGAAUGGCUAUGGUGGGCAGGGCUUAUAUCAAUGGGAAUAGGAGAGGCAGCAAAUUUUGCAGCUUAUGCCUUUGCACCUGCAACAUUAGUGACGCCACUGGGGGCACUAAGUGUCCUAGUAAGUGCAGUGCUCUCCUCUUAUUUCCUAAAUGAGCGGCUCAAUAUCCAUGGGAAGAUUGGCUGCCUGCUGUGCAUCCUGGGAUCCACAGUGAUGGUGAUUCAUGCCCCUCAGGAAGAGGAGGUAGCCUCACUAACCGUCAUGGCAGAGAAGCUUAAAGACCCAGGAUUCAUUGCUUUUGCUGUGUGCAUUGUGGUGGGCAGUAUGGUUUUGAUAAUAUUCAUAGCUCCUCGUUAUGGCCAGAAGAACGUUCUGGUUUACAUCCUGAUUUGCUCAGUGAUUGGCUCUCUGUCUGUGUCCUGUGUGAAGGGCCUUGGCAUUGGCAUCAAAGAGCUUUUUGCUGGGACAGCUGUCCUUAGGGACCCUCUGUUCUGGGCCUUACUUGUGUGUCUAGUGGUUUGUGUCAGCCUCCAGAUAAGCUACCUUAACAAGGCUCUCGAUAUUUUCAACACGUCCAUCGUCACGCCAAUCUACUAUGUCUUUUUCACCACCUCAGUCAUGGCCUGUUCGGCCAUUUUGUUCAAAGAGUGGUUACGUAUGUCCACGGAUGGCGCAGUGGGAACUGUUAGCGGGUUUUUGACCAUCAUUACGGGCAUCUUCCUCCUACAUGCCUUUAAAGAUCUCACUUUUACCUUGGACUCACUCCCGCUCUACCUGCGACAAGAUUUUCAGGGUAGCACUUGGGCCCAGCCUUACACGGCUUUGCCCAGGGAUGACAACUUGUCAGGGGCUGAGUGCAAACUGGUCAGCAGCAAUGGAGCAAAGAAUGAGAACAGAAUGAGGGCAUCCCCUCAGAGUGCCUUUUGGAUGAAAAAUGGCACUGUUAUUACUUAG